UUCAUUCACUCUACAAACGCGCCGUGACAAUGUCGGGGAGUGACAGCCCAACGUUUUUUCACGGCCAACCCUGGUCCAGCUGGAUUGAAAGAAUCGGACGUGACAAACCCCUGAGCGAUGAAGAACCAGAGGUUGAACCAGCGAGCUGUGUUACGCGGCUGUCGGCAGACGACAUCGAUUUGUACGGCUUCUGCCCAGAGAGAGACACAUUUUACGGUGUCGUAUGUGAACUCUGCAAUGCCAUCGUCAAGCCACAAGCUCUGAUCCAGCACAUGGAGAGUAGACACUCUUCGGGUGCAGUGAACCUGCCACCGCCCUCGACGCCAGCAUCGAAGGCAUCAGUGAAGACUCCUUACUGCAAAGUAUCGAAAUUAACGAAGAAGGCACAGCCCCCCCAAGGCCCUUCAGCAAGCAACAGCAGUGGUAACGGUGCGAGUGGAACGAGUUCGACAGCUAGUAACAGUUCAAAAAUCAAUCACACGUCAGUGAAGAGAAACGCCGAGCAAGCCUUACUCCCGACCUCUCCAGUCGAUGGCAAUUGCAGCCUCGUAGGAUCAAAUAUUUCCUCUGGGGUCAGUGCGAGUGCCACAGCCCCAGUCCCAUCGAGCCCAGUCAAGAGUCCAGGGAACAAUAGCAGUGUGAGUAACACGACAACGAGUAACAAUGGAACCAAGAGAAAAAGGCUGAAGGCUGAUCGUGGACUCCUCAAGGAUCGAGAAUACGAUCCAGACAGGCACUGCGGUGUCUGGAACGAAGAGACCGGCAAACCCUGCACCAGAUCCCUCACCUGCAAGGCACACACCGUCUCGUUACGCCGGACAGUCGCUGGUCGGAGCAAAAGCUUCGACAAACUGCUCGCUGAGCACAGGGCCUCGAAGGAUCUUCCAAACAGGACGUCAAAGAUAACGGUCACUGGGACUGUUACGGUGUCAACAGCAUCAGCACUGUUGAACACGAAUUUAACGAUUGCCAAUGAUAACGAUGCACCUGGCUCACCACCUGUACUAUCUCUGCCAGAUACCUAUCCACUGCCGAAGGCUGUUGAUUUGCUUUAUCGGUGUCUGGCCCCGCAUGGCUCCACUAAACCUACAAAGCUGGAAGAGGAUUUUGUUAACGAGGAGAUGAGACUGGAAUCAACGGCAGCAGCAGUUGCGGGGAAGGGAGCACUACCAGCAGGAUCGAUGGCUCCAAUUUCCGUUGUACUUCCCUCGUUAUCACCAAUAGCAGCGAGCAAUGAUGCACCACCAGUUGCCACACUGAUACCCGUCAACGCAUCGUCCCUUCCAGCUAUUCAAACGCCACUGCCACCACCAAAUGCCCAGUUACCGAAUACUGUUCUCGAGGGGGAGACCCUCUCAGACAUGAAGACCGAGAGUAUGACCCUGUACUCGCCAAUGGCAAUGUUCAAAGAUACCAAAUCCCAAAUAAUAAUGCAAAUACCAAGGUCAAGCAGUCUAAUGCAGUCACCAAUAUCCAGGAAUUAUCAGGGUCAGGCAUCGAUGCCCAGUCUUGUCUUUGAGGAUCAGAUGGACAACCCUAAGCAACAAUUGGCCAAUGGUAAAAGACUCAAUAAUCACACUGUCACGUCCAGUCCAAUUGCCGGACGUGGCACGAAAAAAAGCAAACAGGAUUUUCAAACUGAGAAUUAUUCGUCCGCUAUUCAAGUUGAGACAACAACAACAUCCACAGCUUAUCCACAUUUUAGUGACAUUGCCUGGUCGAAUUGCCAUCCAGAGCCAUUGGCUGUCAGUCGUUGGCUGCGUAUUACAUCAACUCGUAAACAGUACAACUUUAAUAUUCACUGACAUAAGAUCCCACCCACUCCGGGCUGAGGACUCAAUGUUGUUGCUGCUCAUGAUAAUCGCAUGCCUUCUUUAUUACUAAGACAAUUGCUUGAGUGUCGAGUCCAGGGCCCGUCGAGUGGGAUUGUUAAUUGUAAAUUCAAAGGUGACAUGUAGAAUUCAAAUUAUUUUCUUUGGAUGUGCACUGAUAAUGGGGAGGUAUCUCUGAAUUUUGGGAUUAACUGGUGAAAAUAAUUACAUUUCUAGUCUCCUCAUGGAAAAAGCUAACUUUCUCUGGAAAAUUUAUUUGAGAUUUUUCAAUAGAUAUUUCGUAGAAAAAUGGAUGGUGAUUUUCUCAUAUAAAUUAUUGUCUCGAAGAUAA